GAAUGACAUCUCUGCUGAAAAGACUUUGUCUGUGUCUCUGUGUCCUCUGGAUCUUUGUUACAGUGAUAAAGGGAGACUUUGUGGAUCUCCCUCCAAACAAUCCCAUACGCUCCCUGGCAGAAGAGGAGACCGUCCUGCCCUGUCGCUACCAGCCAAGUGGGGACAAUGUGGUGGUGCAGGUCACCUGGUUAAAGGACAAACCUGAUGCCACCAAGGAGCAGAUAAUCACUGCACACCAUACUAAUGGACAGACAGCGUUUGGGACGUGGGCUCGACGUGUGCGCUUUAAAAGCGACGACCCCACCUUGGACUCGUCACUUAUCAUCGCCAGCACAGAGGUCUCUGAUGAGGGCAAAUACAUCUGCCACAUCAACACCUUCCCCUCAGGCAGCUUUGACCUCGAGAUGUCACUCAUUGUGUGGACCAUUCCUAUCUCCUCCGUUGACCCUGUGAUUCUGGUGGAGGGACAGAGCUACCGACAGGCCGCUUCCUGUCGCUCUGUGGCCCGCCCGUCUCCCAGCCUGUCCUGGGACACCGAGCUGCCCGGCAAGUCCAUCAACCGCUCCGACAACAUUGCGGUCUCCUCGCACUUCUCCCUGCACCCCCUGAGGAGCAUGAACGGCAAGAAGCUGGAUUGCCUGGUGUGGCAUCCGACUUUACCGGGCCCACGCAGGAUCACGAACAACCUGGUGGUGCACUUCCCUCCACAUGCAGAGGUGUCUGGCUUCAAUAGAGACUGGUUCGUGGGUUUGGAGAAUGCUGCCCUGAGGUGCGUCAGCGGAGGAAACCCCAAACCACAGAGUUUCACCUGGUUCAGAAUGGGUGGAGAGCUGCCGAAAGGUGUGAUCCCCCACUCUAAUGGAACACUAGCUUUUGGGCGACCCCUAACAUUGUCAGAUGGAGGCACCUACCAGUGUGUGGCGAAGAAUGAAGUGGGAGAAGGCAAGGUGGAGGUGGAGGUUGUUGUGACAGAAUCUCCAGCGGAGCCGGAAACGACGGAUAACACGAUUAUGAUCAUCGUGGGGGGCAUCGCCGGUGGGCUGCUUAUUUUGAUGCUCAUCGUCGUCAUCACCGUCACUUGCCAUCACAAACACAAGAACAAGAUACUGCAGAGGGAGCUGAUUGAGAGGAAGGAGGAAAUAACCACCCUCUCCAGGCAAGCUUCUUUCAGGAGAAUGAACUCCGUCAGCACAGACACCAGAGGAGCGACCGAGGAAAACAUCCCUCUGCGGGUGGAGGGAACCCUAAGGACCAGCCUGUCUUCCCUCGGGGAGCACGCUCAUUGCCGUGACAGCAGAUCUACCAUCUCAGGUGGGCGGGUUGGAGGGGGAGCGCUUGACAGCCUGGGCAGACCAGUCCUGUACAACAACUCGCGGAGAGGGAGAGACAGGCUUCUGGAUAGAGACGAGGAAAGCCGUCUCAGAGUGGAGUCAUAUGUACACAGCACUAUGUCUUUGCAGGAAACGCGUUUCCACCGUCCUCUCACGCCAGCAGUCUUCCCAGUGGCACAGCCCACUGAAUUAGUAAGACAGCUAAAUGGCAGUGCCAUCAUCCCAACAGACGGGGGUUCCCGGACAGGAAGUGUCACCAAGAUUCACCAACACUCUCCUCUGAGCUGCAGCUACCCUCCAGUAACAGAUGACGAGGAUGAAGUGGAUGAAGGCUUGGGGGGUCCUGCCAGUCAGGAGCACCCUGAUGACCAAGACAGCGAGACCAACAGCUCCCAGGUGUCCGAGGCUCACAAUACACGCUAUCAGCAGACUAAUGGCACCCUCAGACCCAAGCCCCGGCCGAGCCCCCACACCUCCCUGAUACACAAGGCCCAGAUAGUUUAGCAAGCAGCUGGAAAAUAACAUGUGAAACUACAAGACUGGCCAGCUCUGGUCUCAGAGGUGGUUCAAAUGCAGAUACACUAGCAAGGUAUGAUCACAAACAAGAAAACCAGUUCUGAAAAAUCUGCACCUUGACUACAACGCUGCAUCGUCUGUAUUGUGUGGGAACAUGGUGCAAUAGAACAAAUUAUUGGCAAAGAAAAAAAUCUUAUCCAAAACAUUUUCAUGUUUGGUGAUGUGUGUUGUUCCCCCGGAUUACUGUUACAAACAAAGACAAUGUUGCAAGAUUUCCAGAUCAGCUACUACAGUGUUAAAUCUCAGACGAUAUUCCUUGCUCAUCUUGCGCAACACAGUGUCUGUUGCUCUAACCAGCUGUAACGAACAGGUGGACGCAGUUGGCAUACCUUUUUGCGGGGGAUGUCGAAAGCACUCAUGGUCAUGCUCAGUAGGAAAUCAGGAAAUGCAGGAGAAGUAGACGAGGCUGAACGAAAGUUGGUACAUCAGAAAAGCAGAUUGCAAUACCUCCGUAAUGAGGUUGGGGUUUUGCUUUAAUGGUGUUCAGUGUAUCAGUAACUGUGCCUGUGUUAAGUUCCCUUACACAACACGGUAUGGGAUCUGAUCCAAACCAGGUCUUGUUCUUGUCUUGCCACACCGGCAACAUGCAUACCUCCAUUUUGUCUUAUUGUCCUCGUGCAUUUGCCUUAAACACUGAGAGCAUUUGGAAUAUUUAAAGACUUCAUACAGCCUAAGCAAGACUCCAUACAUAAUAGUGAUUAGGCGGUGUGUAAAUGUGUAUAAAUAUGCAAAUGUUUUCUUUAUAUAAACAAACUCAGAAUCCUUAAACUCAAAUCGUCAAUAAUAUACAGGAAAUUAGCAUAUCAAUUAAUGCUAUACAUCUCUCUUCUAGUUCACACAUGCCCCCCUUUCUCCCCAACCUCACAUUCACGCCUACGGUCACACACAUAUGCAUAUAGUAUAUAAAUAAUCACUAUACCCUGCUCCUGCUGCUAAGUUGCGAAGAUAAAUGUUGAAACACAAACACACACACACACACACACACACACACUUAAGAAAUUGAAGUGUUUGUUGUGUACCUCAAUGUAUGCACACAUUCACAGUGGAUGAAAGCAGGAAAAGCUGCCAAAUGUUUGUAAAAUGCAUUUUAAUUUUACACCUUUUUUUAUUUGAUAUGUCUAUUUUUGUGAAUACAUGUUUUGGUACUUUGCAAAGUUCUUUCUGCCUGCUUUCAACAUCCAAGACAGGACAACGCCUUUACAAGAGUAAUUUGACACGAAUUGGGACAGACUUAUAAUAUUGUGGCAAAACCAAGCAUGUGUUGUUUAUCUUUAUUUUGUUUAUAUGUGUUGUUGGUUUCUAUUACUGCCCUGAUAUGAAAAGCAAAGUGCCAAAGGGAAAAUAUAAAAUACCACUUUUGCUUUUUUGGCAAAUAUGAAGUAUUAUUUUGUUCCUCACACACAUAUUACACUGUAGGCUACUGGUAAUGUUAGCUUCCGUAAAUAUUACAUUUUAAAAAAUUGGCAAAAACCCAUCUGAAAUAGAAAUGUUGAUUUAAAAGUAUGCUGGGACAGUUUGUGGCAAAGGCAAUGUGCCAUAUAUUAUUUGCAGGCAACCAACAUGUAAGAGCAGCAGAUGAAUGGUAUUAUGUUUGAAUGUAGGCUGUAUUUGUUGCAGACAGUGCCCCCUGAUGUGUACUGCUGGAAAGUGCAGGGACCUGGAUGAGCCUGCAACACUACUGCACAAUGAAUGACUGCAUUCCACUGUGAUUUUGGAAAAUGAUAUUCCUGGUCACGUGCCUGGAUUUUAAUUUACUGUGAGGGCUAUGUAUGGGAAUAAGCUUGUAUUGAUGGGUUGUAAAUAAAUGUGCAUGUUUUCCAACAUGUUUGCUAAUGUCAA